ACACUUCAGUGAACCGUACCUAGUUAGAUCACAUUUGGUCUUUUGGCAAAAGAGAGAUAGAAAAUGGGAUCUCAUGUUGUUUGUAACACACAAAAACCACACGUAGUUUGCGUGCCUUACCCGGCUCAAGGCCACAUCAACCCGAUGCUGAAAGUGGCUAAACUCCUCCACGUCCGAGGCUUCCACGUCACCUUCGUCAACACCGUCUACAACCACAACCGUCUACUCCGGUCCCGUGGGGCAAACGCACUCGAUGGACUUCCUUCCUUCCGGUUCGAGUGCAUACCUGAUGGUCUACCUGAGAAUGGCGUGGAUGCCACGCAGGACAUCCCUGCCCUUUGCGAGUCCACAAUGAAAAACUGUCUCGUUCCGUUCAAGAAGCUUCUCCAGCGGAUUAACACCAGAGAGGAUGUUCCUCCGGUGAGCUGUAUUGUAUCAGAUGGUUCGAUGAGCUUUACUCUUGACGUUGCGGAAGAGCUUGGUGUCCCGGAGGUUAUUUUUUGGACCCCUAGUGCUUGUGGCUUCAUGGCUUAUCUACACUUUUAUCUCUUCAUCGAGAAGGGUUUAUGUCCAGUAAAAGAUGAGAGUUGCUUGACGAAGGAGUACCUGGACACAGUUAUAGAUUGGAUACCGUCAAUGAAAAAUCUAAAAUUAAAAGACAUUCCUAGUUUCAUACGUACCACUAAUCCUAACGAUAUAAUGCUCAACUUCAUUGUCCGUGAGACAUGUCGAGCCAAACGCGCCUCUGCUAUCAUUCUCAACACGUUUGAUGACCUCGAGCAUGACAUAAUCCGGUCUAUGCAAUCCAUUUUACCACCGGUUUAUCCAAUCGGACCGCUUCAUCUCUUAGUAAACCGGGAGAUUGAAGAAGAUAGUGAGAUUGGAAGGAUGGGAUCAAAUCUAUGGAAAGAGGAGACUGAGUGUUUUGAUUGGCUCGAUACUAAGGCUCCAAAUAGCAUUGUUUAUGUUGGAAUUGAGAUUGGUGGAGAUGUGAAGAGGGAAGAGGUUGAGGCGGUGGUUAGAGAGCUCAUGGAUGGAGAGAAAGGAAAAAAGAUGAGAGAAAAGGCGGAGGAGUGGCAGCGCUUGGCGGAGAAAGCCACCGAGCUUCCAUGUGCUCAAGGACACAUCAAUCCGAUGCUCAAAGUGGCUAAACUCCUCUAUGCUAGAGGCUUCCAUGUUACAUUUGUCAACACCAACUAUAACCACAACCGUCUCAUCCGGUCACGUGGUCCCAACGCCCUUGACGGGCUUCCUUCUUUUCGAUACGAGUCCAUCCCUGAUGGUCUACCGGAGACCAACAAGGACGUCAUGCAGGAUGUCCCUCUCCUUUGUGAGUCCACCAUGAAAAAUUGUCUAGCUCCUUUCAAGGAGCUUCUCUGGCGGAUCAACACUACAGAGGAUGUUCCUCUGGUGAGCUGUAUUGUAUCGGACGGUGUGAUGAGCUUUACUCUUGAUGCUGCGGAGGAGCUUGGAGUCCCAGAUAUUCUUUUUUGGACACCAAGUGCUUGUGGCUUCUUGGCUUAUCUACACUUCUAUCGCUUCAUCGAGAAGGGGUUAUCACCACUAAAAGAUGAGAGUUACUUAGACACAAAAAUAGAUUGGAUACCAUCGAUGAGAAACCUAAGACUUAAAGACAUUCCAAGCUUUAUCCGUGCAACUAAUCCUGAAGACAUAAUGCUCAACUAUUUUGUCCAUGAGGCCGACCGAGCCAAACGUGGUUCGGCUAUCAUUCUCAACACAUUCGAUAGUCUUGAGCAUGAUGUCAUCCAAUCUAUUCAAUCUAUCAUACCUCAAGUGUACACUAUUGGACCGCUCAAUCUACUUGUGAAUCGGGAGAUCGACGAGGAAAGUGAGAUCGGACAAAUGGGAACGAAUAUGUGGAAAGAGGAGAUGGAGUGUUUGGAUUGGCUCGAUACUAAGUCUCCAAAUAGCGUCGUUUAUGUUAAUUUCGGGAGAAAGAAGAUGGGAUCUCAUGUAGCCCAAAAACCACACGUAGUUUGCGUGCCUUAUCCGGCUCAAGGCCACAUCAACCCUAUGAUGAAAGUGGCUAAACUCCUUUACGCUAAAGGCUUCCAUGUUACCUUCGUCAACACCGUCUACAACCACAACCGUCUCCUCCGGUCCCGUGGGUCUAACGCCGUCGACGGGCUUCCUUCUUUCCGGUUUGAGUCCAUCCCUGACGGUCUACCGGAGAUUGACGUGGACGUCACUCAGGACAUCCCUACUCUUUGCGAGUCCACAAUGAAGCACUGUCUCGCUCCGUUCAAGGAGCUUCUCAGGCAGAUCAACGCCGGGGAUGAUGUUCCUCCGGUGAGCUGUAUCGUAUCCGACGGUUGUAUGAGCUUCACACUUGAUGCUGCGGAGGAGCUCGGUGUCCCGGAGGUUAUUUUUUGGACAACCAGUGCUUGUGGCUUCUUGGCUUAUCUUUACUACUAUCGCUUCAUCGAGAAGGGAUUAUCGCCGCUAAUUGAUGAAAGUUACUUGAACAAGGAACACUUAGACACAAAAAUAGAUUGGAUACCAUCGAUGAAGAACCUAAGACUAAAAGACAUCCCUAGCUUCAUCCGAACAACUAAUCCUGACGACAUCAUGCUCAACUUUAUCAUCCGUGAGGCUGACCGAGCCAAACGUGCUUCAGCUAUCAUUCUCAACACGUUUGAUGAUCUCGAACAUGACGUUAUUCAAUCUAUGCAAUCUAUUGUACCUCCGGUUUACUCUAUUGGACCGCUACAUUUACUUGAGAAACAAGAGAUCAGUGAGGAUAAGCAACAAACUAAUUGUAAGUUUUCUUGCGAUGAAUGGGAGGUGGGGAUUGAGAUCGGUGGAGAUGUGAAGAGGGAAGAGGUUGAGGCGGUGGUUAGAGAGUUGAUGGAUGGAGAGAAGGGAAAGAAAAUGAGAGAGAAGGCGGAAGAGUGGCGGCGAUUGGCGAAAGAAGCAACGGAGCAUAAGCAUGGUUCUUCUAAAUUGAAUUUUGAGAUGGUCGUUAAUAAGGUUCUUUUAGGGGAGUAGACACUACAUGGAGACAAUAAAUUAUUAUGAACCAA